UCGGGGCGGGAACCCGGAAGGGGAGGCUGGAGAGGAGCGAGUGGGGGAAACCCGCGUAGCCGAGGAAGCUGCGGCGCGAGGAGAUGGUGGCCUGUGGAGCCCCCCACCACCCUCCAGGUCCUGAGAUGUGGUGAACCCCUGCCUGUCUGCCACCAUUGCCCAGAAUGGACCGCGGUGGCCUCCUGCCCUUCCAGCUCUGGUGCCCUCGGCCCUUUGGCACCUACUCGCAGAACCAGCCGCGCCCACCUUCCACAGCCCUCAAGCCGGCAGCCUGCCCUGAGCCAGGCAGCGGGGCUGAGCCGGAGCACGGGCCUGCCCACUCGGAGAACACACCGCCCACCUUGGCGGCGGAGGCCCCUGCCUCCCAGCCUGCCCCGCUCCUCUCAGCAGCAGCUGCUGGGGACGAGGGUCGAGUCCUGCUGGACACGUGGUAUGUGAUCAAGCCUGGGAACACGAAGGAGAAGGUGGCCUUCUUUGUGGCGCACCAGUGUGGUGGGGGCAGCCGGGCCAGCUCCAUGAAGGUCAAAGGGCACUGGGGCAGUGACAGUUCCAAGGCGAAGCGGAGGAGGCGCUGUCUGGAGCCCACGAAGGCUCCGCCGGACCCCGGGGGCCGGGAGGGUCCCCCUCCUGCCGAGGGUGCCCCAGCCUCAGCCUGUGAGGAUGUGGACCUGCUCUCUGUGGCUGAGAUGGUGGCCCUGGUGGAACAGCGGGCCGCCCUGGCCCUGCAGAACUAUCCGCGCCCCGGCACCCCGGCACCCGUGGUCUUCGUGUCAGCUGAGCAGGGCGGGCCCACCAAGGGGCUGGGGUCUGAACGGCGGUCUGGUGGCGGGGACUGCAGCCGUGUCGCCGAGGCGGUGGCCCACUUCGAGGCCCAGCGGGACAACCCUCCGGCCAAGGGCCUUCGCAAGGAGGAGCGGCCUGGACCGGGCCCCGGGGAGGUGCGCAUCGCCUUCCGUAUCUCCAAUGGCCGUGAGCCCCGUGCACCGGAUGGCAGCUUGCCCAACGGGAGCGGGGGCCGGCCCGGCUGUGCCUACCCUGGCAGCCCAGGGCCCGGGGCCCGAGCCAAGGACAAGAUCACCUGUGACCUGUACCAGCUUAUCAGCCCCUCUCGGGAUGCCCUCCCCAGCAAUGUGGAGUUCCUUCUGGCUAGGGCGGAUGAAGCCAGCGAGGGCGAGACCCCAGCCCCUGCCAGGCCCGAGGACACUCCCCCGGCCCCCCCUCCACCCCCCGCGCGGGACUGUGGAGCGUCAGGCUUCCACGUGGAUGUGGUGGUGACAGGCGUGGUAGACGAGUGCAUCUUCUUUGGCAAGGAUGGCACCAAGAACGUGAAGGAGGAGACUGUGUGCCUGACUGUCAGCCCCGAGGAGCCGCCCCCACCCGGCCAGCUCUUCUUCCUCCAGUCCCGGGGGCCAGACGGGCCCCCCGAGCCUCCCCCAGCUGACUCACCGGCCGCCACGCCAGGCCCGGACGAUGCUGAGGGGACAGCGGACACCUCCCUGUGCCGCCUGUACCGGCACGUGUCGCACGACUUCCUGGAGAUCCGCUUCAAGAUCCAGAGGCUGCUGGAGCCGCGACAGUACAUGCUGUUGCUCCCCGAGCACGUGCUGGUCAAGAUCUUCAGCUUCCUGCCCACGCGGGCCCUGGCGGCCCUCAAGUGCACCUGCCACCACUUCAAGGGCAUCAUCGAGGCGUUCGGCGUGCGGGCCACAGACUCGCGCUGGAGCCGCGACCCCCUCUACCGGGAUGACCCUUGCAAGCAGUGCCGCAAGAGAUACGAGAAGGGCGAUGUGUCGCUCUGCCGCUGGCACCCCAAGCCCUACCACCACGACCUGCCUUACGGACGUUCCUACUGGAUGUGCUGCCGCCGAGCCGAUCGCGAGACGCCUGGCUGCCGCCUGGGUCUGCACGAUAACAACUGGGUCCUGCCCUGCAAUGGGCCAGGCGGUGGGGGCGGCCGGGCUGGCCGGGAGGAGGGGAGGUGAAGCCGGGGGAGGGGGGGGAGAGCCCACCAUGCCCACCCCCUCCCCCUGGGAGCUGAGGGCCAGGACUGAGCCAGCAGCCCCUACCCCCAGUCCAGGCAGCGCUGACCCCCGUCCAGAACUGAGAUGGGGCUCAGGGGGAUGACCCAGGACGACACUCGGGUUGACUGACCCCAUUGGUUUUCUACUCUUCAGACCCAGGGCCGUGGACCCUCAAGUAGGGUGUUUUUUUAAUCAGCAUCUCAAUUUCUUCUCCAUUCAGCCCCAACACCCUCCCUGCCACUCUCUACACCCCAGGGACCCACCAGCAGGGAGCAGACGGCAGCUAAUUUUGGUACUACUUAAGAGUUCCCCCAUUCUGGCCCCCUUCUGCUCCUUCCUCCGAUUCUUUGUCUCUGGAGCUGUGUUCUCCCAAGAGGCUGCAGCACCCAAGGUUGGGUCCUCUCCUAACCGGUGACACCAGGGCUCGCCUCCUCCUUAGGAGUUGGGGGCCAUCAGAUCACAGAUCAAAUUUGGCACAUUUCCUGGCAGCCUGCCAUUUCUAGAUGUUUUCCCCUUUAAAACAAUAAAAACCGCUGUUUUCUCUUUAACCUCAAGCUACCUGUCUCUCUAGUUCCCCUAAAGGGGAAGAGGAAAAAAAAAAGUCAAAAGUAUAAAAAUCCCCCCUCUCCGUUAUUUAAGCUAUUGCCAUCACCCCCCCCCCCAAA